UAAUCAGCAGCACCUAGCACACUCCAGAUAGAAAGCACAAGUGCAAUCAGGGAAGAAAGAGCGUGUCAUGGAUUCCUUUCCGGUUAUCGACAUGGAGAAGCUUUUGGGAAGGGAGAGAGGAGAAGCCAUGGAGAUCCUCCGAGAUGCUUGCGAGAAAUGGGGCUUCUUUGAGAUUUUAAACCAUGGCAUCUCACAUGACCUCAUGGAUGAAGUGGAGAAGGUGAACAAAGACCAGUACAACAAAUGCAGGGAGCAAAAGUUCAACGAGUUCGCCAACAAAGCACUGGAAAACGCCGACUCAGAAAUCGACCACCUCGACUGGGAAAGCACCUUUUUCCUGCGUCAUCUCCCCGUCUCCAACAUUUCUGAGAUCCCCGAUCUUGAUGACCAGUAUAGGAAGGCGAUGAAGGAAUUUGCGGCAGAGAUGGAGAAGCUGGCAGAGCGGCUGCUCGACUUGCUGGGUGAGAACCUGGGGCUGGAGAAGGGGUACCUGAAGAAAGCCUUCUCUAAUGGAUCCAAGGGGCCAACCUUUGGGACCAAGGUCAGCAGCUACCCGCCAUGCCCGCGCCCGGACCUGGUGAAGGGCCUGAGGGCGCACACCGACGCCGGAGGCAUCAUCUUGCUCUUCCAGGACGACCAGGUCAGCGGCCUGCAGUUCCUCAAGGACGGCGAGUGGCUGGACGUGCCCCCCAUGCGCCACGCCAUCGUCGUCAACCUCGGCGACCAGCUCGAGGUAAUCACCAAUGGCAAGUACAAGAGCGUGGUGCACCGCGUGGUGGCUCAGACUGAUGGCAACAGGAUGUCGAUUGCCUCCUUCUACAACCCCGGGAGCGACGCUGUGAUCUUCCCGGCCCCCGCUCUUGUGGAGAAGGAAGCGGAGGAGAAGAAGGAGGUCUAUCCGAAGUUCGUGUUCGAGGAUUACAUGAAGCUCUACGUCGGGCAUAAGUUCCAGGCCAAGGAGCCAAGAUUCGAAGCCAUGAAAGCCAUGGAAGCAGUUGCCACCCACCCAAUCGCUACCUCUUAAGUGACAGCCCCCAAGUUAGUGCAUGUCGCUGUACUUCGCGUUAGGAAGCUGUCGUCUAUGUCUAUGUAACCCGAUGGAUGUGUGGUAUGUACGUGUGUGAGCCUUUUCUAAUGAAGCAAAUCAUAUAAUAUAUAU